ACACAAUCGUGAAACCAAUAAACCGCGACCACUGCUGCAUCUGACGAACCCUAAGUCUCUAAACCCUAAUUCCUAAACCCUGAUUCCUAAACCCCUCGCCCCCAAUUUUUGAACUCCCUGAACCCAUAGCUAUAUAUAGUCCCCAAAAUCUCAACUUUUACAGAAGAAGGAUUCUCCAACUUGGACAUUGCAUCAGCAAUGGCUAUGGAGGUGGAAGAAACAGAGGGGAAGACUGUGUUGUGCCUGCUGACGGACCCAGAUGGGACUCCAUUAGGAAGCUCCGUCUACCUUCCUCAGAACACUGAGCCGCAACACCUUCAGCAAAUUGUCAACCAGCUUCUCAAAAAUGAGGAGAGGCUACCUUAUGCUUUCUAUAUACAAGAUCAGGAACUUAUUGAGUCACUUGGAAAAUAUGCAGACAAGAAGAAAAUUUCCGUGGAGAAGGUACUCAACAUAGUUUAUCAACCACAAGCUGUUUUCCGAAUUCGUCCUGUUCAUCGUUGCUCAGCAACAAUUGCCGGUCACACAGAAGCUGUACUUUCAGUUGCUUUUAGUCCUGAUGGUCAACAGUUGGCUAGUGGUUCUGGUGAUACAACUGUCCGACUAUGGGACCUUAAUACUCAGACGCCGUUGCACACAUGUACAGGACAUAAGAAUUGGGUCCUUUCUAUUGCAUGGUCACCUGAUGGUAAGCAUCUUGUUAGUGGCAGCAAGUCUGGAGAACUUCAAUGUUGGGAUCCACAGACAGGGAAUCCAUCAGGCAAUCCACUUAUCGGCCACAAGAAAUGGAUUACUGGAAUCUCUUGGGAACCAGUCCACCUUAGCUCUCCGUGUCGACGCUUUGUAAGUGCUAGCAAAGAUGGUGAUGCACGCAUAUGGGAUGUUACGUUGAGGAAAUCUGUUAUAUGUCUUAGUGGCCACACACUUGCAGUAACUUGUGUAAAAUGGGGUGGAGAUGGUGUCAUAUAUACAGGCUCCCAGGAUUGUACCAUCAAAGUAUGGGAGACCACUCAAGGAAAACUAAUUCGUGAACUGAAGGGUCAUGGUCAUUGGGUUAACUCUCUUACAUUGAGUACUGAAUAUGUUCUUCGUACUGGAGCCUUUGAUCACACCUGCAAGCAGUAUUCGUCUCCAGAGGAAAUGAAGAAGGCAGCUUUGGAAAGAUAUAACAAAAUGAAAGGCAAUGCCCCUGAAAGAUUGGUUUCUGGAUCCGAUGAUUUUACAAUGUUUCUAUGGGAACCUUUUGUCAGCAAACAACCUAAAACUCGCAUGACAGGUCAUCAACAGCUUGUAAACCACGUCUGCUUUUCACCUGAUGGGCAAUGGAUAGCAAGUGCCUCAUUUGAUCGGUCUGUCAAGUUAUGGAACGGUACUACUGGAAAAUUUGUUGCAGCUUUCCGGGGCCACGUUGGCCCUGUCUACCAGAUCAGCUGGUCGGCAGACAGUAGGCUGCUUGUAAGUGGCAGCAAAGAUUCCACUCUCAAGGUUUGGGAUAUCAGAGCACGGGCGCUAAAACAAGACCUUCCAGGCCAUGCUGAUGAGGUUUUUGCUGUCGAUUGGAGUCCAGAUGGUGGGAAGGUUGCUUCGGGUGGCAAGGAUAGAGUUCUGAAGCUAUGGAUGGGCUAAGACUAAUGGUAGGCCGAAGUCCAGGCAACUAGAUAACUGAAAUACAUCCUGAUGGUAAUUGAGCAUUGACGUAUUUGGUACGAUAUGAUGUAUACGGUACAAAUUAGGAAUGGUAAUUCUAACCGUUAAACCCGAUUACCGUGGAUAAUUGCCCGAAUGGAUUGGAUUUGGAUAUGAAAAUUCGGGUAUGGUUUGGACAUGGGGAAAAACCAUUAACUUUAUUCGGUUAUGGUUUUGGAUAUAGUUAUAGGGGUACCUAAUCCAUAUCCGUACCCGAAUCCGAUCCGAAUAUUAUAUAUAUAUAUAUAUAUAUAUUUGAUAUAUAUUAUAUUUUAUUCAA